UAUGAUACAUCAGUACGCCUUAAAUCGCUAGAAAAGUGGUCAAAUUCGGCCGUAAGCGACUGAUGUUUACAAAUUUGUCAAUUCGAGCUGUACAUCGUCAUCGCCUACUUUAAUUUUCUUUUCCAUCGGUGAUUGCACAUGAUCAAGUGUUUGAUGAAAAGUUGAGAGGACCUACUGAGCUUGAAGGACAACCCGGUUAGUUCAUAGACAGAGGCAAGCAACGAUCUAAAUUUGGAUUCAGCGGACUCGUGCACGGCCAAAAACGUCGGGGCAUUUAAGGAUAUUGGAACGAAUACAAAAUCUGACAUGGAUGCAAUGGGGGACAGUAUUAAUAGACUAUUCAUAUGUGAAUUUUGUCGUGAAUCAUUUACCGAAAUUGGGCUCAAGCGCCACAUGGAUGAAUUACGUGAUAAAAUAAAUAAACCCGUUAAUUCUAAGAUUUUAAAUGAUGUAUUGAGCCUGCAAAAUGACUUGGAACGUCGUAAGAAUAUAAAACACAAUCGGAAAAAAACUUUAAAAUGGGUCAUGAAGUGUCACAAAACAUUUGGCCACAAGGAUCACCUCAAAAAAGACAUCGAUUCAACGCAUAAUCAGGGAGAAUUUUUUGAUUGUAAAACUUGUGGUCUAUCAUACCAAGUCGAGGGUAACUUUAUUUUGCACGUAAUUUUAGUACAUAACGAGAGCAAACUCUUUGAAUGUGAAACUUGUCACAAAUCAUUUUAUAGCCAGGGCAAUCUCAACGCUCAUAAACAAAAAAACCGUUGCAAACCGUUUCAAUGUAAUAUUUGCCCAAAUAGAUUUAAAACGGAGGAAAAUCUCAUUUUUCACAUACAGUCUUGGCAUCCUAAAGAUAAACCCUUCAAAUGCAAGUUUUGUCUCGCAUCAUUCGAUGAUCAAAAGACGCUCAAUAAUCACACAAUGACAGUACAUCGCGACAUCAAACCAUAUAAAUGUGAAUUUUGUCUUAAAUCAUUCAGAUCAAAUGGUCAUUUGAAAAGACAUUUAAUGAAAGUACAUAAAUAUAUGAACUUUUCAAAAAUUUUGCCAACCUCAUCAAUGUACACAUUGUAACAAAUUAUUUCGAUGAAAAGGUAACAUCGAUAAAAAUAUAAAAAAGGCCAAUCUCGAGCCGGAUUCUAUACUUAUAGCAGAUACCAAAAUAAACUCAAGAUCUGCAAUUUGACAGCCCAUAAUCUUGACUAUCUAAGACAAUUGCGAUAAAGGAGAAUAUAUCUAUUCUUAUAUGCGUAAGCUAUGUAAUGUUAAAGAAUCUACCGAAUAAAUAUCUUUUAAUGCAUU